UCAUAUCUUUUGCCCUAAUUAUUCAAUUUAUUCAAAUUUUUGCAGUAUUUUCAUGUGAACUCCGUCUUUAUCAUUGUAUUAAAAUGCGAUGGGUUUAUAAAUGUAGCAGCAGUUCAAGAAAGUGAGAGCGAAAGAAGAUAACAGUAUAACAACAUCUGACGAAUGAGUGCAGGGGGAGCAUUUGGUGGAAAUAGAGGAUUGAGUCCAGUACCACCGGAAAAAGGAGUAUUCCCUCUAGACCACAUGCAUCUCUGUGACCAGGAGAAGAAAGAUUAUAUCAAUUGUCUAAAAUCUGCUGGCCAUAAAUCUGAAAAUUGUAGACACCUCUCCAAAAAGUACCUCGAAUGUCGUAUGGAGAGGAACUUGAUGGCGAAGCAAGAUAUGUCGGAGCUUGGAUUUGCAAGGGAAGCCACAAAUGAAGAAUAGAUAAAUGAAGAAAUAAUAUUGAGUUUCACACACAAAGCAUUUGCUGAAUGAUGAAAUAAAAAUACUUUGUAUUAUUUUUUGAUCUAGCCUUGUUGGGCUCCUCUUUUUGUGUUUGUGUUUGUGUUUGUCUGAGUAGCCAACUGAACCUAGUGAAAGCAAUUUGGGGUAGGAUUUUCUUUCUUAUAAUUUGUAAUUGAAAAUCAGGUCAAAACUGUUCAUUGAGAUCC